GAUGAUGGAAUCGAGCCUGAACAACAAGGCUGAGGGAAGAGAGCAGCUCACAGACGAGCCGAAGAACGACAUCUCUUCAGAAUUCAGCACUUUACCACAAUCACAGAAUGCCAGCACUGAAGAGAGAGACCACCUCCAGGUCUUCCUGCGAAUCCGACCCUUCACCUCAGCAGAGAGAAGUAACGGAGAGUCACUGGAUUGCGUUGCCAUCGAGUCUCCUGACGCAGUCCUGCUGAAGCCUCCAUGUUUGUCGCUGUCGGCGAGACAGAGCGUUGACAGAUCACUUCCACAGACUGGACAACGCUUCCAGUUCUCUCAGGUGUACGGUCCUGAGACGACGCAGAAAGAGCUGUUUGAAGGCACAGUGAAGGAUUUAGUGAAAAAUGUUCUUGAAGGAGGAAACUCGCUGGUUUUCACUUAUGGAGUCACCAACGCUGGGAAGACCUUCACCUUCUUAGGUCCAGAUGCUGAUGCAGGGAUCCUGCCCAGGUCUCUUGACGUCAUCUUCAGUAGCAUCGAUGAGCAGGUUUUCACCGGGACGAGCAUCAAGCCUCAUCGCUGCAGAGAGUUCACACAACUCAGUCGAGAGCAGCAGGUGGAGGAGGAGAUGUUCAAGAGAAACUUCUUCAGGACACUGAAAGAAAGUGACAAGAGCAAUGCCAGCCUGUUGAACUCGACCAAUAAGACGCUCAUUGAAGGUGCGUCCAUCCUCGGGACGACUGUGGCAGCAGAGGACAAAAUCAGCCUUGAUGUGGAAACACACACUAAGUUCUCUGUUUGGGUUUCCUUCUGUGAAAUCUACAACGAGAACAUUCACGACCUCCUGGAGGUGGCAUCCAGUGGGACCCUGAGGAGGACGGUACUGCGUCUGUCACAGGAUGUCAAGGGCAAUGCCUUUGUCAAAGAUCUGCGCUGGGUUCAGGUCAACAGUGCGGAAGAGGCGUAUAAGGUGAUGAAGCUGGGGAAGAAGAACCAGAGCUUCUCCUCCACCCGACUCAACCAACUCUCCAGCAGGAGUCACAGUAUUUUCUCCAUUCGCAUUUUGAGGAUUGAGGAUAUUGGGACUCCGAGGGUCCACACAGUCAGCGAGUUGUGUCUGUGUGACCUCGCCGGCUCGGAGAGAUGCGCCAAGACUCAGAAUAAAGGAGAGCGUCUGAAAGAAGCUGGAAACAUCAACACGUCACUGCUCAUCCUGGGAAAAUGCAUCAAUGCAAUGCGGAACAAUCAGCAGGCCAAGCUGCUUCAGCAUGUUCCCUUCAGAGAGAGUAAGUUGACCCACUACCUGCAGGGCUUCUUCUGUGGCCGAGGCAAAGCCUGCAUGAUCGUCAACAUCAACCAGUGCGCCUCCAUGUACGACGAGACCCUCAACGUCCUCAAAUUCUCUGCUGUGGCACAGAAGGUUGUGGUCUUGUUCUCGAGGCCUCUUACCACUAAACCUCAGAGGUCUGCUGGUGACGUGUCCUUCAUCGUCAGCAGUGCUGAGAGGAAGGUUCCUUGCAGCAGCAGGGGGAGCUCCACGAUUGACUGGGAGAGCAGCCUGGAGGACAUAAAGGAGUACUUGGACAAUGAGUACGAGAAAGAAAAUAACCCGAUGGAGGAAACUGUGGACGAGACCGGGAAUGAAGACGAUGAUAAAAUCCAAAUCAGUAAACAGAUGCAUCAGAAGCAGGUGGCGCUGUUGAGGCAGCUGCAGAUUCAGCUGAAGCGGGAGCGAGCGGAGGGAAUGCUCAUUGAGGCGCGAGUGAGAGAGGAAACCAGCAGAGAAUACUCGGACCUUUUCUCUGAGAUGCAGAUCGACUACAAUGAGCGCUUGGUGAGGGAGAGAGAAAUCUUGGAGGAGCGAGCAGAACGGAGGCUCGAGAUCUUUAAGAACCUCAUUGACAAAAUGACCACAGCUGGAACCGGUCAGGAUGCACAGGACAUGGACAAAUCUCUUGACCCCUCCUCCGACUCGACCGACAUAAAGGAGGCCGCCAAGGCAGCACGUAAAUGUCUGGGCUCAUGUGAAAUAGGAGCCGUGGAGGAGCUGGAGAGGAAAGUGUUGGAGCUGUAUGAGCACCAGGAGAAAGUCAAAGAGAAGGAUGCUCAUAAACACAAAGGUGAAACCAUCGAAGAGGACGAGGAGAAAAUGAAGCUUCUCUCUCAGCUCCAGGAGAAGUCGUCAGAAGUUUCCCAGCUGGAGAAGCAAGUGGAAGAUCUGCAGAGGGCAGCACAGGGCCGCUCCUCGGCGGUCAAGGAGAGUUCACCUGAGCGAGACCAGCUGCAGGAGGCGCUGGCAGCCCUGGAGAAGGAGAAGAAAGCCAGAGAAGAUGUCCUAUCUGCUCUGGAGUACCAGACCUCGGGUAAAGAGGAGGCUCUGGCUUCCUUAGAGGAGGAGAGGAAAGCAAGGGAGGACGCCAUUACCUCAGUUGGUGAGCUGAGACGAGGCAAAGAUGAGGCGAUAGCAUCCCUCGAAAAAGUGGUUCGAGAUAAAGAGGAAGCCAUAGCAGCUCUUGCUGAAGUGAAGGAAAGCAGAGAGGUGGUGCUCGCUGCUCUCAGUGAAGAGAAGAGCGUCGUAGAGGAGGCUCGCUCUCUUCUGGAGAAAGAGACGAAGAAGACGAGCAGGCUCGAAGAGGAGAGAGAGAAGAGGCAGCAGCAGGUUGACUCACUACAACAGGAAGUCAGGGACCUGACCUCCAAACUGGAAGCCGCAGAGCGUCAGGUGACUAGUGAGAGGGAGAGAGCAGAACAAGUCUUAGUCCAGCUGGAUGAACACUCGAAGCAGCUCCAGGUGAAGACUUCUCAGAUCCACGUCCUGACGCUGGAAGCUCAAAACCUGAAGCUGGAGCUGGAGGCCUCCACAUCGUCGUCAGGCAGCAUCGGUGAUCAGCUGAGAGACGAGGCGUCAGUGCUCAGGAAGAAUCUGGCUGAUGAGAAGGAGAAACAUGAGAACAAGUGUAUUCAAACACUCGAGCUGGAGCGUGAGCUGCACCAGGUAAAAGAACAGCUGGAACACAUACAGCAGCUGGAGCAAUUUAACAAGAUGCUUCAUCAACAGCACGAAGCGUCAUUAAGACAAGUUGAAGAGCUCGGGAAGAAGCUUCAGGAGCAGGAAGUGACCUCACAGCAGACACUGGAUGACCUGAGAUCUAAGCUGGAAUAUCAAGAGUGUUCUUCCAAAGAAGACGGAGUCGAGCUCAGAGCAAAACUAGACGAACAAACACAGGCCUCAGAAAAACAGUCGGAGGAGCUCAAAGAAAAGCUGCGAGAACAACAAGCCACGUCACAAAAUCAGCUGGAGGAGCUGAAAUUCAAACUGAGCCAACAACAAGAAACUUCUGACAAAGUCUUAGAUGAUCUGAAGCUGAAGUUCAGCGAGCAGGAGAAAACUGCAGAGCUGCUCAAGGCCGAACUGGAAGAGGCUAGGUCAAAGGUCAAAGGUUCCUCCUGCUCUGAAGAAGAGGUCAAGAGAUUAAACUCUGAACUCCAGACAGAGGUGGCAGCCCUGAGAGAAAAGCUCUCCAACAUAGAAGCUCAGCUCGCCUCUUCAGAGACGACGCAGACAGACACGGACAGACAGACGCAGGAGAGGGCGUCUGAAGAGCUGCAGAAGAAGCUGCUGGAAAAGGAGGCUCGGGUAACAGCCCUGCAGAAGAGCCUGCAGGAAGCACUGGAGCGGCGGGAGGAGGAGGAGAUCCAGGCGGUGCAGGAGGCUCGACGUAGGGAGGUGGAGAGACGCAGGGAGCUGCUGGCUGUCGCUCACGAGGCCAUCGCUCAGAAAGACGAGGAGCUGGAGAAGAGAGGCGACGAGAUCAACAGACUGAAGGAAAAUGCCAAGCAGAGCUCUGAGAAAGUCGAGAGCCUCGGCCUGGAGCUACAGAGGAAAGAGGACGACGCGUCAGAUCUCAGAGAGAAACUGGCUGACUACAAGAAGCAGGUCCAGCAGGUCCAGAAGGAGAUUUCUACGAUGAGGGAAGAGGAGAAGGUUUUGAGACAGAAGCUGACGGACACGGAGAAAACCAAGAAGCAGCUUCAGUCUGACGUCGCCAACAGAGACAGAACCAUCCAACAGCUCAAACUGGAACAGUCAUGUGACACAAAGUCUGACCAGACGCUGCAGCUCUACCAGAAGUCCUGUAAAGAGCUUGAGGUCAAAGAGCGCAUGAUGGAGGACAUGCGUUUGGCUCUGACGGAGCAGGAGGAGACACAGGCGCAGAUGGAGGACGUCCUGGAGCAGAAACUGAACCUCAUCCAGGAACUGACGGACGAAGUGGAAAAACUGAAGGGGAAGUUGUUGCAGCCCGACGGUGGAGUCGACGGCUCGUCACAUGACCGUGAUGUCAGACAGGCCAAACAAGAAGCUGCACAGGCCCAGGAAAAACUGAAACUGUGUACGGACAAACACCAGGCCGAACGCAAGAAGUGGCUGGAGGAGAAGCUCUCUCUGAUUGGCCAAGCUAAAGAGGCGGAGGACAAGAGGAACCAGGAAAUGAGGAAGUUUGCUGAAGACCGAGAGCGUUACGCUCGCCAGCAGAGCCAGACGGAGGCGCUGUCGUCCCAGCUGACGGAGAAGGAUCAGACCAUGGAGACGUGGAGGAAGGAGAGAGACACUCUGGUUGCAGCUUUGGAGGUUCAGCUCCAGAAACUUCUCUCCAGUCAGGCAGAGAAAGACAAACUCAUCCAAGAGCUACGCCACAAUACCACACAGCCGCCACCAGAGUGUGAUGAUGGUGCUGGUGAUGAUGAUGGUGUCGGCGUGGCAGCGCUGCAGGCUGCUCUGCGUGAGAGGGAGGCCGACAUCCAGCGACUGAAGGAGGAGCUGAAAGCGUCCACUGUCCGUCAGGUGGACACGGUCGCUCAGCUUAAAAGCAGCGAGAGCCCUGCUCCACUGGCAGGGAAACCCCAGAGUGAAACCAUCAGCAAGAGGUCAGAAGGAAGGAUGGACACCAGAGCGUCAGUCAGCAGCCAAGGAUCAGCUGGCUUCCCGUCUGUCCUCGAUUCGUCCGAGAUCUCCACGGAAAAUGGCCGGAUGAGCCGCUUCCCUCGGCCAGAGCUGGAGAUCUCCUUCAGCCCUCUGCAGCCCAACCGCAUGGCUCUGAGGCGCCAGGGAGAGGAGAGCGCUGUCACCGUCAAAAUCACCCGCUCAGCACGAAAGAGAAAGAGCGGAGAGAUGGAGAAGUCUCACAUUUUCAGGAGGAGUAAACGACGACCGACACGUGAGGUACAUAUUUUAAUUCUAUUCAAAAACUUAAUGUUUCCAUCCUUCAAGCACAAAUUCCUCAUCACAUUCUCCAUCAUCAUUUAACACGGUAGCUUUAGU